CAGGGGAGGACUGACCAUUUGGAAACUCGGGCACUGCCCAAGGGCCCGGGGUCAGUAGGGGGCCCCAUGAGAUGCCCCUGGUACCUUUUUCAUAGGCUUUUUUGAGUUUGGGCAAGGACACAGGGGCCCCAUGAUCCCCUAUUGCCCGGGGGCCCCAUGAGGUGUCAGUCCACCCCUGAGUGGGCCCUGAAUCAAAGGUAUAAGAGGGGCCUUUCUAAGCAUAUCAGGCUUUUCUACCAGGUAUGUGAUAAGCAG